AUGGGUGAAGUUAACAAUAAAAAAAAAGAACGUGACAAUGAAAGUAAAGAAGAGAUUGUUAUAAGUGCUAUAAGUGAAGAAAAUACUGAAAAUGAAAAAUCUUGCAGUGAUGAUGAAAAGUACACCAAUUUUAAGUCUCUUGAUCUUGAUGACCCUAAUAAAUGGCCAUCUAUCGAUGAAAAAUUAAGACUUUAUUUAAUAGAAUGUGAACCUUGUCAAAUAAAUAUGGAAACAUUUCCUAUAAACACUAGGGGUAGAUCAUUUUCAUCUUUUCACUAUUUUCGACGUUUACCUAAUGGAGAACGUAUUAAACGUUCUUGGAUAAUUUAUUCCAAAUCAAGUGAUUCUGUGUUUUGCUUUUGCUGCAAAUUGUUUAAUAUUGGAGUAGUAUCUCUUACAACCAAUGGUAAUAAUGAUUGGAAAAAUAUAUCAAAUAUAUUGAACAGACACGAGACAUCAACUUCUCAUAAAAAGGCAUAUCAAAAUUGGAAAGAAUUAGAAACAAGGUGUAAACGUGGAAAAACUAUCGAUAAUAUCAAUGAAGCUAAUUUAAAAAUUGAGACAGAACAUUGGAAAAAUAUACUUAGGCGAAUUAUAGAAUUGAUAAAAACACUUAGCAGUCAAAAUUUGGCUUUUCGGGGAAAAUCAGAUAAACUUAAUUCUCCCAAUAAUGGUAACUUCUUAAAAUUUAUUGAGUUUUUAAGUAAAUUUGAUCCAGUAAUGAAAGAACACAUAAGAAGAAUAUCAUCUCAAGAAAUUCAUUGUCAUUACUUAGGAAAAGAUAUCCAAAAUGAAGUAAUUCAACUAUUGGCGAAUAAAAUAAGAUUUCGCAUCAUAACUGCAUUAAAAAAUGUAAAAUAUUAUUCAAUCAUUUUAGAUUGUACACCAGAUAUAAAUCAUACAGAACAAAUGACUGUAAUAGUUAGAUUCGUCUCAACUACUGAAAAUGAAACCACAAGUAAAAUAGAACACGUUUCUAUAAAUGAACACUUUAUUGGUUUUAUAGAAUUACACAAUACUACUGGCUUAAAUAUGACUGAAGUUAUUCUUCAAAAACUUAGAGAAUUAGAUAUUUCAUUAGAUGACAUGAGAGGCCAAGGAUACGACAAUGGGGCUAAUAUGCGUGGAUAUAAAAAUGGUGUUCAAGCCAGAAUUUGA